CCUGUGGACAUCUUUUUGUCCUCGCACUCGCCGUGUCUGUCAUUGUUGCUGUCGUGAGCGAUUUGGUCACGAGACUUCGGUUUGCCUCGCGUAUGCAGAAGCAGCGUUGGUGAAGUUUUACCUGGCGACGAUUUUCAGCUGUUCUCUCUUGUCUGAAACUAGUCUAAGGAUCAGAAUCGCUCGCUUCGAAGGUGUGACUCCUUCCUACCUGCCACCUGUCAUCCCGUGACCUACAAUUUGACCUUAUUUCGCCGACUCCUUCCGGACCCUCGUCAUUUAGCUGCUAUGGCCACUCUUCCACCUGGCCCUAAAGGGUUGCCAAUAAUCGGCGCCAGCUACAAGUGGAAGGGCCCCGAGACAAACCUAGCAUGGGCCCAGGAGUUUGGCCCGCUUUACAGUGUACGCAUGGGCCCCAACCUGAUGGUGUACCUCAACUCCAUUGAGCUCGUGGAGGAGUACAUGGAAAGGAAAGGGGACGCCUUCCUUGGCCGACCCGAAGGUCCUGCGACAAUCGCCAACGGUCUAGUGUUCGGGCAAGGGGAGAGAUGGAAGGAGAAUCGGGCCGCCAUGACAUGCGCCAUGAAGACCGGACCUUCACACGCCACCUACGAAGACAUCAUCGGCACAGAGGCAGAUCGUGUACUGCAGCAGAUGAAGAGCGCAUGCGCUGAGCCGUUACACUUGGGCGACUUUUUUCUGCCUGCUCUUACCAGUCGCCUUGCCACGUUGCUGCUGGGCGAGGCCCUGGACUGCGACAGUGAAGUCAUGAUCAUCUUGCUGGAGCAGAUGAGGAACCUGGAGGAGGUGGACCUCACCUCCAAAUGGACGCAAAUGUUUUUGAAGGUGCGUCAUUUCCGUCGACCGUUAGAAGCCAUAAGCGGAUGCACGAUACCAGACAUGUUUAAGAUGUCAGAAGCGAUGCAGGCCAUCAUAAGACAAUGGAUUUCCACGCGCAGAGAGGCUCUCCGCAAGGCAGAUGGAAAGCCUGACAGCAAUGCCCUUCUUGACCACAUUCUAGUUUCCGAACAGUAUUCCUCUAGGCCCGAGAAUGAUGACAAAGAGCUCGUACAGUCCUUGAUGGACCUGUUUUUCGGUGGCGUGACUAGCUCCCUGUCGGCCAUCGAGUUCUUCUGUUUGUACCUCAUUCAUUACCCGGAAGUGCAGAACAAGGUCAAGGACGAGCUUAGGCGGGCUCUUUCCAGUAAUGUGACGAUCUCUUGGGCCAAUCAGCAGCACUUCCCAUACACCCGAGCCACCCUGACAGAGGUGCUGCGCCUCGGGUCUGUGACACCGUCAUCACUUCCUCACGUGGCCACCGAGGACGCCAUCAUAGAAGACAAGUACGAGGUCCCAAAAGGAGCCUUUGUGCUAGCGAGCAUCUUCAGCCUGCACCGAGACCCGCACUUCUACAAAGACCCAGAACUGUUUAACCCACAGCGCCAUCUAGACGACAACGGCAAAUUCGUGAAACCUAAGAGUUAUCGACCAUUUGGCAUCGGCAAACGGAACUGUGUUGGAGGUCAUCUGGCGGAAAUCGAACUUUUCCUCUUCAUCACAAAACUACUGAGUCAGUUUCGCAUCCGAGCCGUUGAUCCAGCGUCACCUCCGCCCUUUGAGUGUCACAUGCGUAUCACUAGACGCAUCAAGCCGUUCACAUGCGUGCUAGAACCCGAUGACACGCCCUAGAUUAGGUCAAAGGACAAGGAAUCAAACUAGCAUCAGCGAUUGCUAUACAGCAGAGGUGGGCAAUUCAUUUUCCCAAGGAGCCGCGUGAGAAAUUGGGAUGGUUUUAGAGGGCCGGACUACUAUAGUUAACUCAGUUUAACCCAAUACUGUAUAUAUAGUAUAUACACUGGCGGUCGGGCCAGCGGGCGGGCCGGUCAGAGACAGGAGGCAGGCCGGAUCCGGCCCGCGGGCCGCCCAUUGCCCAGGUCUGCUAUACAGUGUACAUUUUCGAAACGGAAUGAAAUAAUAAGCCAUACCGACUUGCUAGUUUUCACUAAGUUUCCUGUCGAAAGGAGGGAAAAAAAGCAAACAAUAUGACCUCAACCACAAGAAUGCCAUCGGAAGUCAUUGACCUUCCUUGGAAUCCCUUUGGGAUCCCACCACUUAGCUGCAUCCGUGACAGGAACAAUCUCGAGUACGAAACGAUUUGAAUCAGUACUCUACACAUAAAGUGUCAAAUUUCGAGUGUACUUGCUUUUGAAAAUGACGAGUGGCUCCUUAGACAGGACUGAUGCCAUGGUGACACAGCGCCACAUGGCUGAUGCUCGACACUCAGGUCUAUUGACAAUGAUACUUGCGAUGUACAGAUAACCGAGGGACCGUUCCUGUCUAAUUACCCUCUCGAUUACUCCUCCAUCUGAGCAGACAUUUUUAUGUUGGGCAAAACACUAAAUCGUUGAUAAGAUUAAAUAUUAACACGACGACUCUAAUAGCAACUCUUCAUUCAGUUGCUAAGACUUCAGCCAUCUUUGUCUGUCUCUACGAUCAGUCUCCAGUGAAGUACCCGACUUUCACAACCUUAACAUGGCAUGGGAAUGGCUAUGCAUAUACUGGGACUGCUAUAUUCGCUGAUGUAAAGUAGUAUAAAACAAUAUCAGCGAGCGGGAUCUGGAUAAUAUUACAUAUGGGGACAACGUAAUAAUUUAUAUGAAAAGAUUCUCCAUUCUAUCAAGAAAAUAGGUUCGGUUCGUCCUAAAACUUUCAUCUGCUGUGUGGACCUCGGAGAAUUUUACACGUUUGGGCUUGCGUGAGCAUUGGCUAAAUAACUGCUGUGGCAAAACUCUAUAUGUACAGCUUGACCAAACAAAGCAAGUUAAGUUUAAAGUAGAUAAUUGUGCAUGGCCCGCGAAUGAUGCUAUUAAUAUCAGAAAGGCCCUUGAAGGAAAAAAGGUUCGCCACCCUGCUCUACACAGACAUAGUUCCUGUCUACGUUGUUUUGGCUGUGGUAUUUUUUGGUGGAGAAAGUUUAUAUUGUUUUUCGCCAACUGACAGUCCUGACAGAUGAUUAUAGAUACAUUUUUUGUAAAAAACGACACUGCAAUUUUACUGAUCCAACGACAUACCAGAUCGUCUGUAAAAUGCAUUUUUUCGACUGUUUUGAAGAUCAUUACACGUAAAUAUACUUGCUAAAAAAAUCCGGCUUUUGUUCCUAACAAAAAUUUAAAAAAAGGACACACCCCCAAACAUUAUUCACAAAAAGAUAAUUAUUGAUGCAUUGUCAAAGCAUUCUCCAGCAAAAGUGAAAAGGAUCGCUUUUCUAUUUUUGGCAUAUAUUUAUAGCAGAGGUUCUUAACCUUGUUUGAGGUACCGAACCCACAAGUUUCAUAUGCACAUUCACCGAACCCUUCUUUAGUGUCAUCACGAAUUGCGGAUGUGUCUUGACCUCUGUGGCGGAGGCUCCACCGAACCCCUGAGACCGACUCACCGAACCCCUAGGGUUCGAUCGAACCCCGGUUAAGAACCACUGUUCUAGAAAGAAGACCAGUGCAGGCACGUUGCUAAUUACUUUGCAAAAUAUACGUUUCGUACACCAAUGUGACUGAUGAAUCACCAAAAUUAAUUUUCUUUGAUUUUUUUUCAUAUUAUCAACCAAGCCUGUUUUUUCUUUAAAUAUGGAUUGAACAAUUUGAAAUAACAA